CUAUUUCUCCAUUUUUGUUUCUGGGUUUUAAUGGAGCAUUUUACAGAAGAAGAUGUGUAUCAAACUGUCAGUUAAUUGUGACAGAUGCAGGAGGAAAGCAAUGGAAGUAGCCGUCAAUGCAAAGGGUGUAAUCUCUGUGGCUAUAGAAGGGGAACUCGAGGACGAGCUUGUAGUGGUUGGUGAUGGAAUUGAUGCAGCUUGUUUGGUUGACACCUUGAGGAAGAAAGCUUGCUAUGCCAUGUUAGAGACUCUUGAAGAAGUUAGCCCAGAUAUUCUCCCUCCUGACGAUGAUCAGGUAGAGAAUCCACAAGAAGAGGAUGAUACCGAAGAUUCCAAGAACAUCGAGACAGCUGAUGAUGAUAACAACGGUACAGAUCAAAAUGUUCCACCUCAUGUCUGCUUAGCUGAAUGCCCCACCAUUUGCUAUGAGCAGCCACAACAUGAGAUGUAUGAAGUAGUAGUCUAUGAUUCUUAUGGUCCAACCACUGGAUGCACAAUCAUGUAA